AUGAAACAACCAAUCAAAACACAUAAAAAUGAAAAGGAAAAUAUUAAAGGAUUAUUAGAAAGUUCAGCAUUUCAUAUUUCAAAACAAAAUAAUAAUGAUGAAUCUAAAUUUAAAUUUGGAGCUUUUGGAAGUAUACGAGAACGAAUCUUUUCAUCUGUUAUUGUUGAAUCUCUUGAAUUUGGCGAACUUCCUCCAGAUCUUGUUGUUAUUUUUAAGAAUAUUUCUAAAAAAGAUACUACAACAAAACUCAAAGCAUUAGAUGAUAUCAGUACUUGGAUAGAUGAUAAUCCUGGGAAAUUAAAUGAAAAUAAUUUUUUGGAUGUUUGGUCAUAUCUAUAUCCUCGAUUAACUAUAGAUGCAGACCGUCAGAUUCGAUUAUCUUGUCAUCAUUUACAUUGCAAAAUCUAUAAUGAAUCUGGAAAAAAUAUUGCUAAAUUUGUUAAAGAAAUAAUUGGUUCAUGGGUUGCAUCAACUUUUGAUAAUGAUCGUGGAGUUAAAAAAGUCGCUAUAGAAUCUUUUAAUACAGCAUUCAAAACUCCAGAAAAAAGAUUAGCUGCUAAGAAGAUUUAUCACAAAUAUAUUCUUAGUUUUAACAAAAAUGUUAUUCUUAAAGAAUCACCUAAUUUAGAUGAUUUACGAUAUGUAUCUCAAGAAAUUUCAGAAAUUAGAUAUUGUAAGAUUAUAUCUUCUAUAUUAGCAUCACUUUCGGAUAUUAUAUUAAAUUUAAAACUAAAUGAAAUUAAAAAAGAAGAAAUUUCAUAUAUUGAAAUUAUAUCUUCUGAAAAAUUCUGGCAAUUUUUAUAUCAAACAGAUUUUGAUGUGAGAAAAAAUUUUUAUGAACUGAUUGAAAAUAUAUCAAAUAAAUGGCCAGAAUUGUUGAUAUCUCAAAAAAAUAUGAUCAAAAAGUCAAUCACAAAAUUAAUGGAAAACAUAGACUAUUCGUUUACGUCAAUUACCUUACCAACAAUGAAAGUGCUUUAUUUGGUAUGUCCUGAAAUAUGGGAACAUGAUUUUUUCGGCGAUUAUCAAACAUUUUCUUACUUUAAAAAAUUAAUAUUAAAUAAUAAUUCUAAUUCUGAGCAAUUUUGGGUUCAUUUUUAUGAUCUUAUAAUGAAAACACCUUUAAAUCCGCAUAAAAAUAAUUUUAAGAUGUAUUUAAAUGAUUUUAUAGAUAUUAUUUGGGAAGGCGUAUCUAAAAAAACCAAAAACAAUAUCGAAUUGGCUUUAGAAAUAUUUUUUAAAAUUAUAUGUUUUUAUGAAAAAUAUUUUGAAAAUAUUGAUGAUAUAUUUUCUAUUUUAGAGAAGAAAAUUUCACACAUUUUUAAGCUUUACUUUAAUGAUUUUGCUUCUUUAGAUAUUAAGAUAUCUGAAGAAGGCUUUAGACAUGCAUUAGUAAAAGGAUUUUUAAAAAAUAAAUAUAUUUCAAAUGAUUUUUUUAAUAAAUUCUGGCAUGAUUCAAAAAAAUAUGUUCUUGAGAAAAUAUUAUUAAAUACAUCAAAUAUUUCAUAUAAAGAAAAUUAUAGCGAAUUCCAUACAAUUGGUGUACGUUGGAUAAAUGUAACUGAUGAAUUUAUUAAAGAAAUAGAGAAAAAUGAUAAUGAUAGUUUAUCAGAUAAAAAACAUAUUAUUUUUCCAAUUAUAUGUGAAAUAACAUAUCUUAUAAUUUGUCAUAUUAAACAACAUGAUGAUUUAUGUGAUGAAACAUUAAAGUUAUUGGAUUAUAUUCUAUUUAAAUUUACAGACAUAAUAUUUAAAGAUAAUAGAAUUGUUUUGGAACUUGAAGCUCUUAUUAUGGAAAAAAUUCCUAAAUUUAUUACAUCACUAACAAAAUCUAUAAUGUCAAUUCUUUUAACUUAUAUUAUGAGAAAUAACAAUGUUGAAAAUCUCAAAUUACUUUGGAUAUCUUUAUUUUCCCAUUUUUCAAUGAUGGAAAAUAAAUCAGAAGAAAACAUUUUUGUUCAUAAAAUAACACAAAUGAUAAUUGAUAGUAAAAUCGAUAUAAAAGAUUUAAAAAAUCGUUUACCCCGAAUUGAUUCCAUUGAUCAUGUUUUGUUAAAUAAUGUACAUUUAAAUAUUGAGGAUAUUUUUAAAAAUUGGGAAUAUUUAAAUGAUCUUUUUGCUGUUAAAGAAAUUAUUUUUUCUAAGGAAAUUAUUAUUGAAAGUUUACUUUGUCUUGCAGAAAAAGUAUCUUUUCCAGAUGAUUCAGAAUUUCAUUAUAAUACAUAUGAUGAUAAAAUUUUAACUUUACUAUAUAAAGUAUUAAAUGAUAGUUUUGAUUUAUAUUUAUGUUUUUUACAAAAUCUUCGAGCUAUAGAAUUUCAUAUAAAAAUAUGGAAUUUUAGUCAGAUUAAAAAAGAAAAUAUUCCAAAAAAUAUACUUAUUUUUAAUAAUUUAUUUGAACAAAUCUAUUGUUUAGCUGACAAAACGGGUAACGAUUUGAGGUUUAAUAUUGCAAAUAUUCUUCAAAAACAAAUUUUGUCCUUGAAUUUUCUUGAUUUUUCAUUGAUAAGAUCACUUCAUAAUUUAAGUAUAAAAAUAUUAUUUUAUGCAUCAGAAUCAGAAAAAGUUGACUUUUUAAAUAUAUUUUUAUUUACUAAUUAUGAAUGGAACACAGCUUUUACACAUUUGAUUUCCGAAUAUCCUAAUAAAAAUUUAGAAUUGUUUAAUUCUUUAAAAACAUGCUGUUUAAUAUUUCCUAGUUUUGUUAAAACAAAAAAAGAUGUUAAAAUAGGAAAUAUUUCGGAUCUACUAAAAAUGACUGUUUUUUCUGAGAUGAUAAUUUAUUCUCUUAUGCUAAAAUCAUAUGUUUUAGAAAUUCAUUGGCUAAUAUUACAUGGAAUUAUGAUCUGUGGGGAACUCAUUAGAGAUAAUUUUGAAUUAGAACAAGCUAAUUAUUUGUGGAGGUCAAUAACUGAAGAACAAGAACAUGAAUUAUUUGAAUUAAUAGAUAGGAACAAAGAUCUUUUUUUUAAUAUACUAAGUUCAAAGAAAAUUAAAAUUCUUGGUAUUGAUAAUUCUAUAAAACAAAAUGAUGUAAAAUUCUUAAAAAAGUUAAAAGAAUGUUCUAUUGGAAAAUCUCCAGAAACAUAUUAUUCUGCUUGUGUAUUAUUUAGAAUUCUUGAAUUUUUAACUAGAAAAAGUUAUUAUUCUCAGGAAGAAGCAGAAACAUGGUUAAAUGAUAUCUCUAUAGAAAAUGAACAAAAUAUAUUUAUUAUUGCUGCUAUUGUUAAUGGAUUCCAAGAAAAACUUUUUUUUUCAAAAAAAUUAGAGAAUAUAAGAGAUAGAAUUGGAAGUGAUUUAUCUGGUAAGAUUAUAAUGGCCCAAGAUUUAAAAAAAAUGAUUUUAUUUAAUAUACUUAUACCAUUUGAUAAUACUCUUUGGAAACAUUUACCACAACAACGUAUAAUUUUUCUUUUUCAAAAUUUUUUAAAACUAAUUAAUGAAAAAAAUAUAAUAAAUCUUAAAUAUAUUGAUUUUUGUGUUGAAAUUACAAAAAUAUUUAUAAAGUUGAUUCCUCACGUAAAAACUAUUUAUGGAAUGCAUUGGAACAAUAUUUGUAAUUAUCUUUGUGAAUGUCUUAAGCUCUGUGUUACACAAACAUUGGAUUCUUUAAAUCUUGAGUUUUAUUCUACAAAACUUUUCAUAACGUUAAAUCUCUAUUAUUCUUCGAAUGAUGCUUUUAAGGAUGCUUGGAAUAUGUAUUCGAAAACUUUUUAUUUGUAUUUAUUUCAAUUAUUUAUUCAUAAAAAAGAAACAAAAACAAAAAAUCAGCCUUUAUUGGCUUGUAAUCAAUUAUUAUCAAAAAUUUUAACACAAAUUCCUUUAAACAUUAUUGAAAAACAGCUAGUAAAUUCACUUUAUCCUCAUUUAUCAUCACAAUCAAGAUAUACACAAAUUGUUGCAUUUGAAUGGUUAACAAAUUGGAUUUUGAAAAAUCAGGAAAAUUUGAUUCUAGAUAUAGAAUUUUCUAAAACAAAUGUCAACCUACCUUCUGAAUUACUUUCUAUAAUUUCAAAUCCUCCAUAUUAUUGUAGUUUAUUAGAUGAUAUUGAUCACAAAAGUAAUAUAUUCUGUGAAAUUCGAUGCUAUUUUCUUUCGUGGAUUCUUAUCUUUAUACAUUUUAAAAAUACGUCAUUUAUGUUAAAGUCUUGUUAUAUUGAGAAUUUGAAAGACAAUAACUCUGUUUCAAUAGUAAUUGAGUUAAUAUUUAAAGUUCUUGAAUUAUUAAAUAAUCGAUCUAUGAAUUCAAUAGAGGUGUUACGGGAUAUCAGUGAAUGGAAAAAUAUAAGUAAUAUAAAAACUGAAAUACAGUCUUUAGCAACAUAUAUAUAUUUACUUAUACUUAAACAUGUUCCAUCUAUUGCCAGAGAUUGGUGGAUUAGUUGUAAAAAUAGACAAUUAACACAAUUAGUAGAAAUGUUUACAGAAAAAUAUAUUUCUCCUAUUUUAAUUGAAGAAGAAAUUAAUUUAGUGUUAUUAGAAUUUACACAAUUAAAAAUAACAGAUGAUAAUGUACAUGUGAAAAUUUCAAAAACUACUCGUGAAGUUACAACAUUUUAUACAAUUGAUGAUCAGUAUUUAGAAAUGGUUAUUCGCUUACCAUCAUGUUAUCCUUUAUGUCAAGUUACUGUGGAAGGUCUACAAAGAAUUGGUAUAAAAGAUGCUCAAUGGAGAGCAUGGUUAUUGGCUUCUCGGAUUUUAAUAACUACACAAAAUGGAAGUAUUGUAGAUGCUGUACAUUUAUUUAAACGGAAUGUUUCAUUACAUUUUGAAGGAGUCGCUGAAUGCAACAUAUGCUUUUCGAUUUUAUCUGUUCAAGACCGAUCUUUACCUUCCAAAAAAUGCGCAACUUGUAAAAACAAAUUUCAUUCUGGGUGUUUAUAUAAAUGGUUUAAAACAUCAAAUGCAUCCAAAUGUCCUCUUUGUAGGACAACAUUUUCUUUUGUAACAUAA